GGCUUUAUGUCCCUCGCGGCGACCCGUCCUCCAGACGGUUGUGGCGGCCGCCAUGGAGGCCAGCGGGCCCUGAGGAGAAGCCGGGCUGGGCCGGCGGCCUGCAGCCACGAGCGGCGGAGGCGGCGAGCACGCAGCGGGGGAGGCAGGCGCGAGCCGGGACGCUGCGGGAGGCUCGGCGUUCCGAGUGUGCUCCGGCCGGCGAGCCGCCGCUCCUGGCUCUGGCCCCGGCUCCGGCCGCAGACAUGGCGGGCGGGCACUGCGGCAGCUUCGCCGCGGCGGCGGCCAGCAGCGGGGAGAUCGUGCAGCUGAAUGUGGGGGGGACCAGAUUCAGUACCUCAAGACAGACCCUUAUGUGGAUUCCAGAUUCUUUUUUUUCCAGUUUGCUGAGUGGAAGAAUUUCAACACUUCGGGAUGAAACUGGUGCUAUAUUUAUUGAUAGGGACCCAGCAGCAUUUGCCCCCAUUUUAAAUUUUCUUCGGACAAAAGAACUCGACUUAAGGGGAGUCAGCAUCAACGUUCUCAGACACGAGGCAGAGUUUUAUGGGAUCACUCCACUAGUGCGGAGGCUGCUGCUGUGUGAGGAGCUCGAGAGGUCGUCCUGUGGCAGCGUCCUGUUCCACGGCUACUUGCCCCCGCCAGGCAUUCCCAGUCGUAAAGCGGCUAACACAGCUAGGUCCUCUGUGGACAGGAAUGGACUAAAUCCUAUGGACGGCGAAGCCCGGGGAAGCGCCAUGCAGCCUGUGCUUGCUGCAAAUGGAGAAGACACUAUUAGGCUGGGAGUUCCAGUGGAUCCACGAAAGGUGCUAAUAGUUGCCGGCCACCACAACUGGAUCGUAGCUGCUUACGCGCAUUUCGCUGUGUGUUACAGAAUCAAAGAGUCUUCAGGGUGGCAGCAAGUGUUUACAAGCCCGUACCUGGACUGGACCAUUGAACGGGUGGCUUUAAAUGCAAAGGUGGUUGGAGGUCCUCAUGGAGACAAGGACAAAAUGGUGGCAGUCGCCUCAGAGAGCAGCAUCAUCCUGUGGAGUGUUCAGGAUGGAGGAAGCGGGAGUGAGAUUGGUGUGUUCAGCCUCGGUGUUCCUGUAGACGCUCUCUUCUUCAUUGGGAACCAGCUGGUGGCCACAAGUCACACAGGGAAAGUGGGUGUGUGGAAUGCUGUCACACAGCACUGGCAGGUGCAGGAUGUUGUCCCCAUAACCAGCUACGACACUGCAGGCUCCUUCCUCCUCCUCGGAUGCAACAACGGAUCAAUAUAUUACAUAGACAUGCAGAAGUUCCCGCUGCGGAUGAAGGAUAACGACCUCCUUGUCACUGAGCUCUAUCACGACCCUUCCAACGACGCCAUCACCGCACUGAGUGUCUACCUCACCCCCAAAACAAGUGUCAGCGGAAACUGGAUUGAGAUCGCCUACGGUACAAGCUCUGGAGCUGUGCGAGUGAUUGUGCAGCACCCAGAGACGGUCGGCUCCGGGCCUCAGCUCUUCCAGACCUUCACCGUUCACCGCAGCCCCGUGACCAAGAUCAUGCUGUCAGAGAAGCACCUGGUGUCAGUGUGUGCCGACAACAACCACGUCCGCACCUGGACAGUGACACGGUUCAGAGGCAUGAUCUCUACACAGCCAGGCUCCACUCCCUUAGCGUCCUUCAAGAUCCUGUCCUUGGAGGAGACAGAGAGCCAUGGCAGCUAUUCCUCUGGAAAUGACAUCGGGCCUUUUGGAGAACGAGAUGAUCAGCAAGUGUUCAUCCAGAAAGUUGUUCCCAUCACCAACAAGCUGUUUGUCAGGCUGUCAUCGACUGGAAAAAGAAUAUGUGAGAUCCAGGCUGUAGACUGUACUACAAUCUCCUCGUUCACGGUGAGAGAGUGCGAGGGCUCCAGCAGGAUGGGCUCCCGGCCGCGGCGCUACCUGUUCACUGGCCACACCAACGGCAGCAUCCAGAUGUGGGACCUGACCACAGCCAUGGAUAUGGUCAACAAGACUGAGGACAAGGAUGCAGGUGGCCCCACUGAGGAGGAGCUGCUCAAGCUGCUGGACCAGUGUGAUCUGAGCACGUCCCGCUGCGCCACUCCCAACAUCAGCCCGGCCACCUCUGUGCUGCAGCACAGCCGCCUUCGAGAGUCCAGCUCCAGCCUUCAGCUCCAGCACCACGACACCAUCCAUGAAGCAGCCACCUAUGGUGCCACACGGCCUUACCGAGAGAGCCCGGAUGCAGCCACCUAUGGUGCCACGCGCCCUUACCGAGAGAGCCCUUUGUUAGCCAGAGCAAGGAGGACUGAGAGUUUCCACAGCUACAGGGACUUCCAGACUCUUAAUCUGAACAGAAACGUAGAGAGACCUGUCUCUGAAAAUGGUCAUAUGGGCCCAGCCCAGGCUGAGGUGAAGGGGGCAGCAGGGGAGUGCGCUGUGUCUGAGAGGAAGUCCCCUGGGACAGAUGUAAGAUGUGUGCGAGAGUCCGAUGGGGGGUUGGAGGUGCAUAGAAUCACAGAAGGUUUAUCUGAGCCCAAGAAAAGGUCAGCAGACGAUGAAAGUGAGCAUAAGGUGGAGUUCCGGAAGAAAGGAUUUGAAGCAGGAGGAUUCCUUGGGAGAAAGAAAGUCCCCUAUCUGGCAUCCUCACCAAGCACCUCUGAUGGAGGGACCGACUCUCCUGGUACAGCAUCCCCGUCUCCAACCAAGACCACUCCAUCACCUCGGCACAAAAAGAGCGAUUCCUCUGGCCAAGAGUACAGCUUGUGAGCUCACCCAAGUGCAUGAGAGUUUUUCUAAAUCUACAUGAAAAGCAAAAUUUCCUGGGUUUCAGUACCUUGGCUUUUACAUCACAGCUCUGCAGGUCAGUUUGACCUGUUCAGUGUUUUCUGGGCCAAGGGAGGCUCCUGAGCAGGGCAGAGCACUCUAUCCUGGGGUGCAGGGACGAGGGCCGCACAGCUCGGGUGCAGCUCUAGUCCUGCGGGCACAUGGAGCAUCAGUGUGUGAGCAGGAGUCACUGCCAUGCUGCCCUCCCUGCUGGUGUUGUGUGUACCGUUAGAGCAUGUGAGGCAGCGGGCAGUUCCUAAUGCAGUUGCCCAAGGCCUGUCUAGCAGUGGUACCUUACAGUUAAUCUCAUAAUCUUGGAACUUGGGCUCCAACCCUUGUGAUUGCAGAGUGUUUACUAGGAUACAUAAUGAGGUGCUAUGUUGUAAAGUCUCUGUAACUCAGAACACUAUCGUUGGGCCCUGGCCCACUGUGCACUACGUCUUUAGGCUUGUUUAUUUCCUUGUGGGUCAUUUUCUGAUUCUUGUUGUUGGGAGUCAAUAUAGCAUGUGUCACCAGUGUUUGGUUGGUACCCAAGUCCUUCCAAUGGGAACAACGUCUGUUUGAAUAGGUGAAAUAAUAAUGGCGGGAAUCUGGGUGCUCACAAGGGAACCCCCUGUUGCUGCUCCAGCUACUUGAGGAGCCACUGUGCUUCUGCAGAGUCUCACAGGAUUGGAGUUCUGGAUAUGGAGUUAAAUGCUUCAAUAUGUAAAAAUGUUGUUUUGGCUUUAUUUUGAACUCUGGGAGCAAAAGAAAAAGAUUUGUACAUUUUCUUCAUUUAAUCAGAAUGGUUUAUAUAUUUCUGCAAAUGGAGAAAAUGUAAAUUUAAACCCAUGAGCAUUAAAUAAGUGAAUGAUGUAUAUUUCCCAUUCUCAGAAGUAUAAUGAAGUUGGAAUAAAUUCUUUAAAGUUUACUAUAUUGCCAGUGGUUUCACACAAAUUCCCAUGUAUUUAUUUGUCGAUUAAAUCAAGU